AUGGCGACCAUCUCGGACGUACUACUCCGGUAUGGAGAUGAUGCGUUUAAUUUAAACGACUUCGAUAUCGCCGCUUGUUUUUAUUCCUACGCAACUUCUCAAACUGUUGUUUCUGAUUAUUCAGAAAUUAUCAAAAAGAGAUCUAAAUGUUAUUAUAAGACGGAAAAGUACGAGCGUGCAUUCGACGACAUUGUGGAAAUAUUGAAAAUAUGGCCCUCGUGGAUAGAGGGGUAUAUUUACGCCGGAAGUUGUCUAACUUACCUAAAGGACUUUAAGAAUGCAAUGCUAAUGUACACGCGAGGUGUAAAGUUGGAUCCUGGAAAUGAAAUUAUCCAGAAAGCUUUACUCAAUGUCAAGGCAAAACUAUCAGAAAAUGGUGGAACUACAUAUGAUCCCCUCACCCUCUGUACACAGGACGCAUAUCCGGGAGACGAGGAACUUGUAAAACUGGAACAGGUGAAACUGGAUAAAAUUGGAUUAGUAGAAAUUCCGGAAUUUCUCAGUGUCCCAGAUACCCUUAAACUGAGAGGCUUGGUCCAGAGUGUUUGUAAACACAAAGAAGACGGGGAAUAUAAUCUCGCAGAAUCGUGCUUAAUGGCAGCGAUCCGUGAGGACGCCGAUAACUACAGUUUUUAUCAUAUAAUUGCUGAAAUACUUUUCGAAAAUAAGAAGUACGAAAAGGCUUUCCAGUACUGUGAGAUGAUUCCGAAACAUCUGCGAUCAUUUGAUACCUGGCUAUUAGGAAAUGAACGAAAUGUGCAGUAUAUUCUUGAACUUGAUGCUAUUAAGGCUCGAUUAAAAUAG